AUGGAGAAUUCAUCGGUGGCAUCGGCCUCCUCGGAGGCGGGGAGCAGCCGCUCUCAGGAGAUCGAGGAGCUGGAGCGUUUCAUUGACAGCUACGUCCUGGAGUAUCAGGUCCAGGGGCUGCUGACGGAUAAAACGGAGGGGGAUGGCGAGAGCGAGAAGACGCAGUCCCACAUCUCACAGUGGACGGCAGAUUGUAGCGAGCAGCUUGAUGGCAGCUGUUCCCCAUCCCGAGGGAAGGUCCCUCCCUCCUAGAAUGGCAACAAGGAGAGCUCCCUUGACAUGCUGGGCACGGACAUCUGGGCUGCCAACACCUUCGACUCCUUCAGUGGUGCGACGUGGGACUUGCAGCCUGAAAAAUUAGAUUUCACCCAGUUUCACAGGAAGCUGCGAAACACCUCCAAACACCCGUUGCCUCACAUAGACAGAGAAGGGCUUGGAAAAGGGAAGUACGAGGAUGGUGACGGCAUCAACUUGAACGACAUAGAGAAGGUCCUUCCAGUGUGGCAGGGUUACCAUCCGUUGCCUCAUGAAGCUGAAAUCGCACACACCAAAAAACUGUUCAGAAGGAGGAGAAACGACCGGAGGAGACAGCAGAGACUUCCUGGUGGGAACAAGCCUCAGCAGCACGCAGAUCAUCAGCAAGGUGGCACCAAACACAACAGGGACCACCAGAAACUCUACCAAGGAGGCCAGGCCCCUCACUCCUCAGGCAGGACGGGCCACCACGGCUACAGCCAGAACCGGAGAUGGCACCACAACCAGAAGCACUCGCCCAACGACAAAGAAACGCACAGAAACGCCAAAGAGACUGAGAAUUUGAAAAUUGAGGACACCUCCGUCUGCACGGUGCAUAUUCCCGUGGAGACGCACCGAGGCCCAGAGACCGUGGAGAAGCAGUCUCAGCAGUACAUCCAGGAGUCAGAGACCAAGCGGAAAGACAGUAUUCACGAGCGCAUUGGGGAAAGACCCAAGAUCAAUUUGCUUCAGUCUUCCAAAGACAGGCUGCGGAGGAGACUAAAAGAAAAGGACGAAGUCACGGUGGAAACCACCAAUCCUGAAAAGAACAAAAUGGACAAAUUAAUUGAAAUCCUCAACAGCAUGAGGAACAACAGCAGCGACGUUGACUCCAAGCUCACCACUUUCAUGGAGGAGGCCCAGAACUCUACCAACUCUGAGGAGAUGCUGGGGGAGAUAGUCAAGACAAUCUAUCAGAAAGCGGUGACGGACCGCAGCUUUGCUUCCACAGCAGCCAAGCUCUGUGACAAAAUGGCCCUAUUCAUGGUGGAAGGAACUAAAUUCCGGAGUCUGCUCCUCAACAUGUUGCAGAAGGAUUUCACCAUGCGGGAGGAGUUGCAGCAGCGGGACGUGGAGCGUUGGCUGGGGUUCAUCACCUUUCUCUGCGAAGUCUUCGGCACCAUGAGGAGCAGCACCGGAGAGCCCUUUCGAGUCCUUGUCUGCCCCAUUUAUACCUGCCUCAGGGAGUUGUUGCAAUCUCAGGAUGUGAAGGAAGACGCUGUGCUUUGCUGCUCCAUGGAGCUGCAGAGCACCGGCCGGCUGCUGGAGGAGCAGCUGCCCGAGAUGAUGACGGAGCUGUUGGCGAUAGCACGCGACAAGAUGCUGUGUCCCUCCGAGUCCAUGCUGACGCGGUCCCUGCUGCUGGAGGUCAUCGAGCUGCACGCCAACAACUGGAACCCCCUGACGCCCACCAUCACGCAGUACUACAACAAGACCAUCCAAAAACUGACGGCUUGA